AUGGGGUUAUCGAUUCAGGUCAGAACCGCCGUUGCGACCAGCUUGCUGGUAUUAUCGGCUCAGGUCAACUCAGUUUCGGCAUCUCCCACUUCCACUUCGACUGUUUCCUUGAUGAGGUCGUCUCCUGCCUCUUCCUCGGCUAUCCCGGGCGUUACCAAUUCAAACACCCCUAUCGUGCUCGCCGUCGUGCCGGUCCGUGACUCUAUCAGUCGCAGAGACACUGAGCAUAAACACCCUAAACACUACGACUCCGACAAAGGACACCACGACUUUGAUAAGGAACAUCAUCACUCUGACAAGAAGCACCACCAUUCUGACAAGGAACACCACGACUCGGAUAAGAAACACCACGACUCUGACAAGGGACACCAUGACUCUGACAAGAAGGACCACCACCACGACAAGGGACACUCUGACAAAAAACAUCACCACGACAAGGGAUUCGUGGGCACUGCGCCCGCUAACCCACUUAGCUGUGCAGAAGCAACUACCUUCGAUCUAACGGACGGGUUGAUCAGCAGCGGCGGGGAGUACCUUGCAAAAGCCGGAGACGUCCUGUACGAGCCAUUUACAACAUCUUCAAAGCACGGGGUUUCCGCAGCCGGCAAGUUCGGCGUUGAAGACGGGUAUCUACGCUGGUACGACGACGGGUUCUACGGCGGGCGGGCCCGUUACUGCCAGAUGCCGGGCUCGGGACAGGUGUACGUCACGUACCACAUCGACAGCACCUGGCCCGCGGGUUGCAAGGAGGUCGACCUUGCAGUGAAACCGCAGUCGUGGUGCCAAGACGGAUACAAGUACAAACACGACGACGGCGAUAAAUAUAAGACCAAGACUAAGGAUGAUGAUCAUUAUGACACUGACUACCCAACGAGCUAUACGACGAGCUCUGAAUAUCCCGUCCAUACGGACUAUGAGACUAGUUCCUACUACGUGACCCCGACGAGCUAUGAAGCGCACAGCAGUUACAAGACUCCUACCAGCCGCGCAACACCUACUUAUCCCACCGGCAGCGUCCAGACCCCCACGUCUGAGGGCAUCUACCCGACGUACGCCAGCCCAACCGGCCAGAUCUGCGUCGAGACGCCGUUGUCUUGGGUCCUCGGCAGCCACACCUUCAUCCGGGACGAGCUAUGA